AUGGGGCAGUUCGAGGACGAGGACCGGAAGUAUCUGGAGGAUGUCCAGGCCGUCAAGGACUGGUGGAAGGACUCGCGGUGGCGCUUCACCAAGCGGCCGUUCACGGCAGAGCAGAUCGUGGCCAAGCGUGGCAACCUGACAAUCGACUAUCCGUCCAAUGUGCAGGCCAAGAAGCUCUGGAACAUUGUGGAGAACAACUUCCAGAACAAGCAGGCUAGCUUCACAUACGGCUGUCUGGAGCCGACGAUGAUCACCCAGAUGUGCAAGUUCCUCGACACGAUCUACGUUUCCGGCUGGCAGAGCUCGUCGACGGCUUCGUCGACCGACGAGCCCUCGCCCGAUCUGGCGGAUUACCCGAUGGACACGGUUCCUCGCAAGGUCAACCAGCUGUUCAUGGCACAGCUCUUCCACGACCGGAAACAACGCGAGGAGCGCCUCACCACCCCUAAGGACCAGCGCGCCAAGGUGGCGAAUGUCGACUACCUCCGGCCUAUCAUUGCCGAUGCGGAUACCGGGCACGGCGGUCUGACGGCCGUCAUGAAGCUGACCAAGCUGUUUGUCGAGCGCGGUGCUGCUGGGAUCCACAUCGAAGACCAGGCUCCCGGUACGAAGAAGUGCGGCCACAUGGCUGGCAAGGUGCUGGUCCCCAUCAGCGAGCACAUCAACCGCCUGGUUGCCAUUCGUGCCCAGGCUGAUAUCAUGGGAACCGAUCUACUGGCCAUCGCCCGCACUGACUCCGAGGCUGCCACUCUCAUCACCUCGACCAUUGACCACCGUGACCACGCCUUCAUUGUGGGCUCAACCAACGCGAGCCUGCAGCCUCUUAAUGACCUGAUGGUUGCUGCCGCGCAGGCAGGCAAAAACGGAGAGGAGCUACAGGCCAUUGAGGACCAGUGGACCGCGCAGGCCGGGCUCAAGCUGUUCGAUGAGGCCGUCAUCGACGCGAUCAACACCGGGGUGCAUGUCAAUAAGAAGGGACUGAUUGAUCAGUACCUAAACGCUGCCAAGGGCAAAAGCAACAGCGAAGCCCGCGCCAUCGCCAAGGGCAUUACCGGCGCCGACAUCCAUUGGGACUGGGAUGCGCCGCGCACCCGCGAGGGCUACUACCGCUACCAGGGUGGCACGCAGUGUGCCGUGAACCGCGCCGUGGCCUAUGCGCCCUUCGCAGACUUGAUCUGGAUGGAGAGCAAGCUGCCCGAUUUCAAGCAAGCCAAGGAGUUUGCCGACGGCGUGCACGCUGUGUGGCCCGAGCAGAAGCUAGCGUACAACCUGUCGCCCUCCUUCAAUUGGAAGAAGGCCAUGCCGCGCGACGAGCAGGAGACCUACAUUAAGCGGUUGGGCCAGCUCGGCUACUCGUGGCAGUUCAUCACCCUGGCCGGUCUGCACACCACCGCGCUCAUCUCGCACCAGUUCGCCAAGGCAUAUUCCAAGCAGGGGAUGCGCGCGUACGGCGAGCUUGUCCAGGAGCCCGAGAUGGAGCAGGGCGUCGACGUCGUCACGCACCAGAAAUGGAGUGGUGCCAACUACGUUGACAACCUGUUGAAGAUGGUGUCUGGCGGUGUGAGCAGCACGGCUGCCAUGGGUAAGGGUGUGACGGAGGACCAGUUCAAAUAA